GUCAAUGAAGUUCUGUUCAUCAGUGUUUUUGGCGAAUCGCUACUGAACGAUGGUGUGGCAGUUGUAUUCUACCGUAUGUUCGCCUCGUUCACCGAGAUUGGACCGGAGAAUCUCAUCACAAUGGACUAUGUUAAUGGUGCAAUUUCGUAUUUAGUUGUGUGCUUCGGUGGAAUAGGAAUCGGACUUUUGGUCGCUCUUUGUGCUAGUUUUAUAACGAAGUGA